AUGCCUCUUUUCGAUCUCGGCUCUCUGUUCCUCGACCACGUUGUCUUCAUCACCAACCUCGUCUACAUGAACAUCGCCCUCUCCAAUGCUGAACCCGGCCUGCUUUUCCCUCUUUACGUUGUGUCGAAGCUACUGGCUCGAGGACCUGAAGAUUGGGAUUCUCCCACCGCAAAAUGGCCCCCGCCCAUGAAAUGGAAUUCGAGACCGGAUCGCCUGUCAUACCUGGACCUGGUUCACUAUGUUCCCUACCAAGUUGCCUGGCUCAACGGCAUAGCUGUAGCCUUUUUCCUGCUGAACAUCAUGUUUUUCAUUACGAACUGUGCCCUUGCCUGUAUUCGGUUCAAAUCUAGACCAGGGGCCCUCACGCAUUCAUUUACAGACCAGACGGAAUCGCUCUUCAUUCCUUCUGCUGUUGUCUCCUUCGCCAUCAUAUCGAUUAACAUAUGCCAAUUCGGUGUGCCACAUGUAGGGCCGUGGCUCCUUAGAAUCAUGCAGAUUCUGUUCUGGUUCUACAUAGCCUUGAGUGUGCUCGCCAGUGCAACCAUAUAUCUGAUUCUUUGGUCGACACUGAUCUUCCCUAUUCACACUAUGACUCCUACUUGGGUCUUCCCGGCCUACCCUCUGCUCCUCACGGCACCUUUUGCGAGCAACCUUAUCCAAGCCGCUGUCCAAACGAACCAGCAAGUCGUCACUCUUAACAGGACUGCUAUUGCGCUUUGUGCAGUAGCUACGCAAGGUGCGGGCUGCUUGAUUGCCUUCAUGAUCUCAGCUGCCUUCAUCUAUCGAUUAAUGACGCAGAAACUGCCGCGGGAUUUUCAACGCCCUGGUGUGAACAGCAGUGCUGAUGCGCCCAAAAACCUCCCAAUCCACACCCCCGAGCAGUCGGUAGCAACAAUCCAGCCCAAGUCCAGCCAUGCAGCAGACGACUUUUUGCAGGGCUUCUUGGAUCCCUCGUUUGACCCAGCAGCGUAUCUGAAUGCUACUUUGCCGCCGCUUCAACAUGGCAGCCACCACUUAUCAAGAAGCAACGGCCAGGCCGUCCCGCUUGCCGAUUUGUCCAAUGAGGCGCAAACGCUGCUGUCCCAACUCAACAUACACACGACGAGGCUUUCCGGAACGUUGACCCAGUUGACAGAUGACAUCCUCCGGAGCGGCAGCCGACUCGCCUACGAAGUCGAGCUUCUCCGAGGUGAGACUCUGAGUCUUGCUGAGACGAUGAAUGAGACGCUGCAGGAGGACAUCAAGAAGUUCGCGCCAAGUGAUGUCAAUCAGGUGGUGAAGGAACCAGCGCCCAAAGCCACGGAUGGGCAAGGAAGGAGAGAAUCUGUGGGCGCCAAUAAGACCGAUGAGGGUACGGUCACGGAGGGGCAAGCGGCAAUGUCAGAACCGCCGUACAUCAAUCAACUGCGGACGCUGACGGUGGUCCGAUCCCGCCUCGACACCGUCAUUAAGACCUUUGGAGACGCCAUGGAGUUCGUCUUUCCGCCGUCGGAGCUCUCCGUCAGCUCGUCCUUCCUCUCCGUUUCAGCGCCCGAUCCCGGCGCGGAGCAGCACAGCACGGAGGAGAAGGGACAGCAGGUCCUUCAGGGUCUACGAGACGAGAUAUCGCAGCUCCUGACCAAGUUGGAGGACCCGGUCAAGGGCAUCGAGAAGGCGGCGCAGCGCAUCGAGGAGCUUAAAGAGCUCAACAAGGUCUGGAAAGGCACGGCGGAGGAGAAGGGCAGGACCAAGUUCAUCGAGAGCUUGGCCAAGAUGGUCGAGGACCGGCAUAGGGACCUCAUGAGGGAGGUUGACCAGGCGAGCAGGAGAGAUUUGAAUGACGGGCGAGCGAGAAAAGGGAGUGUGCAUGCCGAUGCGGCGGAGAACAAGACAUAUCUUGGAGGAUGGGCAUAUCAAGGAGCUUUGCAUGCAAGCUGUGAGGCACCAGAGCCUGAGAUUCUGGGUGGCAGUGAGGGACACCUCGCAAAGAAGCGCAUGCUGACACUCUGGAAGAUAGAGCGCAAAGUUAGAUAG